CUCAAACGAGGCAUUGAUACCGUCAUCAUCCAUUAUCAGCGAGCUUGCCCACGUCUUCGGUAUAGUUGCGCUUUGGAGGAACUUCAUCAUUCGAUACCUUGCGAAUCAACCAAAGACUGAUCCCAAAACGCACUGCUGUUCUUCCUGUCCAAAAUGGUGAAGAUAUUUGUUGGCAAUGUCGCUUCAGCGACCACAGAAGACGAGCUCCGUGCUUUGUUUGAGAAGUACGGCGCCGUGUCCGACUGUGACAUUCUGAAAAACUAUGGCUUCGUGCACAUGGAUGAAGAAGAGGCGGCGCAGAAAGCCGUCUCCGCUUUGCACAAGCAUGAGGUCAACGGCUCCCGCAUCACCGUUGAGUAUGCCACCACCAAGGUACGCAAUGCCACCAAGAUCUACGUGGGCAAUGUUCCCGAAGGCGUCACCGCUGCCAAAAUCAAGGAGCUCUUCCAGCCAUUCGGCAAGGUGGUGGAGUGCGAUAUUGUGAAGAAUUAUGCAUUCGUUCACAUGCAGAGGGAAAGCGAGGCUCUGGAGGCCAUUUCAAAGCUUAACCACUCCAAAUUGGAGGGCCAAAAGGUCUUUGUGUCCCUCUCACGCAGUAACCCAUCCAGAAAUGACCGAGAGGAGGACUAUUUUCCUCCUCCGCCGCCGCAUCACUAUCCACCUCACCCACACCACCAUCCUCACUUUGUCCCCCCACGCCCGCCGCCCCGUGAAUACUAUCCGCCUCGUGGCCGACUUCCACCCCCUCCUCUCCCACCGCCGCCACCCCGCGUCUACUAUGAGCACGAUGUGUACGAGAGGAGCCUUCGCACCUACUACCGUGAGCGCAGUCCUCUUGGCGGUCGCCGCUCUCUCCUGCCUCCUCCUCCCCCUCCACCCUCUUCUGCCAGCUUUUCCCGGGGUUUCGCCCGCAAUGGCGCUAGCUCUGCGCCCCCUCCCCCUCCCGCCGCUCCUUCCUCUCACUAUCAGCGCUACUCUCUUGGCUCAGGCUUUGAUAAGGAUGAUUAUUUGGAGGACAAGUACAGCAAUGGCUUCAGCCGUAGCUACUACUAAGCAUUGAAGUUUGUCCGUCCCCUUAUUUUCGAGGAGCUGAGUAAUCUAAGAGGGGCUUACCAUCAGGGAGUUAGGGGUGAUUUUUUUUUUUUUUUAUAUUCUGUGAUAGUUGUAGCGAUUUUAGAUAUAACGGGUCAAUCAGCUAAUACUGUACUCAUUUAACUAAUAAAUUUACCUCCGCCCGACGAAGGAACAGCAAAUAGGAAGUUAAAUACACAUGAAUUUUUAUAGCAUGUUAUGUUGUAUUAUAUUUGCCAGGCAUAUCGGUUUGAGUUUUUUCUUAAAAUAAUUGUUUUUUGUUUGUUUUUGUUUUUUUACUCACACAGUUCAUUUUACUCUAGCAUGCACUUCAAAAAUACAAUAGAUCGCUUAUAUUUUGCAUUGAUAUUUCAACAUGCAUAGUCUACCCAACAGGAAAUUAGUCGUGUUGAAUGUUUACCUUUUUUUUUUCCUUUUUGGUAUUUAAGAAUAUUCAAGUCUCUUGCACGAGUCAGAGAGUUAAUUUGGAGGCAAUUUGAAAAAUUUUUUUUUUUUAAAGGGACUCCAUAACCAAAUUUUAUACUUUUUUUUUAUUUUUAUUUUUUAUAUAUAUAUAUUUAUUCAAAUUGAAUCUCAUCUCUUGACUAUCUUGGUCUAGGCAAAUGAACUUGCUAUGGUGUUGGUAGAAGUAAUGUUGGAUGUAAGUGAGACCAGUGGGAAGGAACAGAGAGGAAAUGGUUAAAGAGGUUGUUGUGGGCGGAGCUGUGUGCUAACUGACUGAUCAACCAAUCACAUCCUACCGGCUAACCGAGCACAUCGCAUCUACCAGCCGUUCAACUUUCGGAUCCGCUGCCGCAUCCUAGGAUAAAGCACCACCGGUCAAAGGAAGCGAACGACCGACCAGCCGCCAACCGCAAAAUAAAUAAAAAAAACAACACUGAAUCAUUAGUGCAAUAUCUACACUGUAUUUCCAAAUCUCGUUGUAUUAGACAAACAGCUGAUUUGCCGACUCCGCAGACUCUGAGAAAGUUUUUAAAGAUUAUAAAGACUUAUUUUGACAUCACAUUAUAAUGAACGUGCUUGUGAUUGAAAAUAUUACUGAAUACUCAACAUUGUUUCCUGUCCUACUUGUACUACUGCUGUUUGCCUAUUGUUAGCGUACACUUCUGUUUAAAAUGUACGUUUGUAAAAAGACUGUUUAUCCGAAACCGCUCUCUUUAUCAUAUUGUCCACUCGAGCAGGUUCGAAACUUAUGCUUGUUUUGAUUUAAACCUAUGAAAACAGAUUCUUGUUCUACCAGUCGCUGUCAUCUUGCCGCCUGAAUAAAAAUUCGACUGACUCAGACGCAACGUUUUCAUGUCACUCGUUUUUAAUUGAGUCUCUUUAAUUUCUACCUCAUGUCUCACUCGCUCACGUUAUCAUUCGUAUAAUAGAAAUGUCCUUUGACUUGAUCACGCAUGUAUAAAGUGCCAAAUAGAUUCGUAUAAAAACUGCACUUUCCGCUUGAACCCUUCAUAUAAAGGCCAAAGGCAUUAAUUUAAACCUCAGUAAAGUCCAGUCACUUAAUCUUCUUUUUGUUCCACAAUGACCCCUGGCCAAGAUUAAUGAAUGUAUGAUGCUCUGUUUCGAAUUACUGUAACAGCUUGGUGUGGCUCAUCAGGAUGGGUGAGUUAAAAGUGAAGGUAAGUAGCAUUUCAAGCUGGAUUGUUCGGACUUUUGUUCUUCUUGUCACGUUGCACGUUAUUGUAUGUAUCUGUGUGCUAGUAGAGCCUGUUUGACUUGCUUUAGUUUUUUCACUGGUGAUAUUAUUAGAACAGUCACAUACUGUUCCUGAAACACUUCAUCCUGAUGUGGAUCAGUGCAGUUGUUUCAUGAUGUCCGUCAAGUGUUUAUAAAGUGUGAUUUACUUCUUCUCCUCACAGCCUUUCAGUAGAGCUGCACUGACAUAAGUCUGUACUCCAUAAACUACUCCUAAACGUCAUAAACUAUACCUUUUAUGUUUCUUCC